CCUCUGUCACUGCAAAGUAGGAAGUUAAAUAUAAGUAGUAGUCCCAUGAUCCUUGUUUCCAUAAGAGAGUUUUGUUCAAUUGCUGAAGAAGGAGGAGUGGACUGAUCAGCCUUGUUUUACAAAGUGCAUGAAGCAGGAGGACAACUACAGCAUGCGGCUUCUCUGUCUACUGCAGCUGGUCUGCUUGGCUGGUUGUAGUGCUUCCAGAUCAAGAGACUGGGCUCAUCAUGGUGCCCCCAUGUUUGCUGACCUCACAGUACGUGAGAUUAAAGCUGUCCGGGCCUACCUGCAUGGUAUUCCAGACUUGGAGCUCACUGAUGCUCGUAGCAAAACGCUGAAGAAGAACAGCAUUCUACUGAUAGAACUCCAUCUGCCAAGGAAGCAUGAAGCCCUGAGAGCUCUGGACCGUGGACAGGCCAAACCCCCACGUCAAGCCCGUGUGAUCAUCCAGUUUGGGAAUCAGACCAAGGCCAACAUCACUGAGUACAUUGUGAGUCCUCUGCCAUCCCCAAAGUCCCACAAAGUCAAGACGUUCAAGGGGGAUAUGCCUAUCCGGUUUGAGUCUAGGCCUAUUUCUGCUGUAGAAUAUGACUAUAUUACUGAGAUCCUUGAGAAGAUCACAACUAAGGCUCACAAGCUCCUGUUUGAGACCACAGGAGGGUUUUCCUUCACUAACUGCUCUGACCGCUGCCUGACGUUCUCAGACAUAGCCCCCCGUGGGCUGGGUCCAGGUGAGAGAAGAACAUGGAUCAUGUUGCAGAAGUUUGUGGAGGGUUAUUUCAUCCACCCAGUGGGGUUUGAGGUACUGAUCAACCACCAGGACCUGGAUCCAGAAAAGUGGACUGUUGAGAAGGUCUGGUACAACAGCAUGUACUUUGACAGUGUUGAAGAACUGGUAGAAAAAUAUGAAUCAGGAGGUGUGGAAAAGGUCAAACUACCCGAUCAUGAUGUCAAUGACCUCUACUCCACCUACAUCCCCCGGGGUCAGAGCAACACUCCCACUAAUAUCCAUGGGCCGAAGCUUGUGGAGCCGCAGGGGUCUCGCUAUCACGUUGACCAUAAUUUCGUCGAAUAUACUGGAUGGUCUUUCGCCUACCGAGUUCGUUCAUCAGCUGGACUUCAAGUCUUUGACCUCCGUUUUAAUGGAGAAAGGAUUGCCUAUGAGAUCAGCCUCCAAGAAGCUAUUGCCAUCUAUGCUGGUGAUACUCCUGCUGCCAUGCAAACAAAGUACAUCGAUGCUGGAUGGGCAAUGGGCACCUCAACCUAUGAGCUGGCGCCUGGAAUCGACUGUCCAGAAAUUGCCACCUUUGUUGACCUUUACCACUACUUUGACACAGACAAACCUGUGCGCCACAAAAAUGCACUUUGUAUUUUUGAGAUGACAACUGCUAUGCCUCUGAGAAGACAUUUCAACUCCAACUUCCAGGGGGGAUAUAACUUCUAUGGAGGGCUGGAAAACACUGUGCUGGUGAUGCGGACAACCUCGACGGUUUACAACUAUGAUUACAUCUGGGACUUCAUCUUCUACCAGAACGGAGUGGUGGAGGUAAAGGUCAGCGCUACCGGAUACAUCCACGCCACUUUCUUUACACCUAAUGGACUUCACUAUGGUACCAAGGUGUACAACUAUGUGCUGGGAAACUUGCACACACACCUCAUCCAUUAUAAAGUGGACUUGGAUAUUGGUGGUCGAGACAACAGCUUUGAGACGAUAGAUCUGAAAUUAGUCAACUUCACAAAUCCCUGGAGCCCGAAGAAUUUCAUCGUCCAGUCCAAACUCCACAGGACUGAGCACAAGACCGAGCGAUCUGCUGCUUUCCGCUUCGGCAAAAAGUUCCCCCGCUAUGUGCACUUUAACAACCCCAAUGAGAAAAAUAAAUGGGGGCACCAGAAGGGCUACCGUAUUCAGUUUAACUCACAUGCCCACAGUGUCCUUCCAAGAGGCUGGAGAGAGGAAAAUGGCAUCAGUUGGUCAAGGUAUCCUCUGGCUGUGACUCGUCAUAAAGAUAGUGAAGCCACCAGCAGCAGCAUUUAUGCCCAGAAUGACCCCUGGGAACCCGUUGUGUCCUUUGAGGAUUACAUCCGCAACAAUGAAGACAUAGUCAACCAGGACCUGGUAGCCUGGGUGACAGUUGGCUUCCUGCAUGUGCCUCAUUCAGAAGACAUCCCCAACACGGCAACACCUGGUAAUGCAGUGGGCUUCUUCCUCCGACCCUUCAACUUCUUUGACGAAGACCCUUCACUGGCAUCCAGAAGCACUGUCAUCGUCCGGCCGGGCCAGGACGGCAAGCCCAAGGUCCAGAGAUGGGUACCAGAGGUCAUAGGUCACUGUGCCAUGGACAAGCCAUUCAUUUACAAUGGCACUUAUGCAGGAGUCUAGAGUGUUUUUUGGGGUUUCCCCAAAUAGUAUUUUAGCACAAAUAGAAUUUUUGCUACAUUUAAGUAAAUUGCACAAUGAGGAUCUCAGAUUAAUAACAAUCACUUGAAAUACAUAUAGUCAGAUUUAAUUCUCAGUAAUGUCUAACAAUGUCACAACUUUAUGAGAAUUUUGUGCAAUAUCUUAAAUUUGACAAUCUAAAUCCAUGUUAAAAAAAGGAGAAGAACAUUCUAGAUGUAGGGUUUUACCUGCUUUAUAUUGUAUAUUACAGUAUAUAUAAUAUUAUAGCUGGUCAUAUAUAACUUAAAAUCCAAAAUUUUUUUAAUAUAAAAUGAUUUUGCUGCAGACUCUACACAUUGUGCAUUCUGAAUCGCAUGCAUGUCUGACUUAAUGUACCACGCCAAAUCAAACCACACAUGUAACCUGGCAGGGGGAAGGGGAGAUGUUGUGGGGUAUGGGGGGCCUUGAGAGCUCCUGUAAUCCCAUGUUGGGUCUCCAUGGCUGAGGUUUAGCAGCAGCGAGCAUCCAGGAUGCAGGAUGCUCUGUAUCCGCCUUGCUUGUGGUAAACUCCUGGCCCUCAGCAUGCUUUGCUUGCCCCCGGAGCGGGAAUGUUUUAACUGGAAAGACAACAGGCCUUACAGGGCAAACAGCCUGAUUCCAGAUCCUUCCCUGCAAACAGUGCAGGAUACCUCCUGGCUGCGCCAUUGCCCCUGGAAACCUACCUUUACAUGCAAUGUGACACAAUGUGCAGAAUAUCAACAGCACAUGUAAAUGCUUUGUCCUUAUCCUUUGUCUUAUGUGCACAUUCCUAACAUAGCAAUGUCACUUUACAGUUCAGUUAAAGGAUUUAAUGAAGUGCCAAAUAAAUCAAACUGUUUUGAUCAUA